AAAUUGUUGUCUGUUACAGCCGCGGUCUGUGGGGAAGCAACCUGGGACCACUACGACUACAACUACAACUAUCUCGACGAAAUGGCCGAAUCUUUCUGCACUUCUGUUGCUCCUGCAGCAAGUAUGGUGUAUGCCGUGAGGCGUAACUGCUCUGGGCAGACACCUACGUGUGACGGCGUGUGCAGAGCGCUUGCCGGGACUAUGAGGGAAGAUGUGAAAGGAAAUAUGGGAUAUAGCGGAUCCGGCUGCUACGAGGCCAUCCAUAUAUACAAACAGAGACCUCGCUUUGCGGUUAACCAUGACUAUCCUCAACCGGACGCAAUGAAGCUGGGGCUGAAGAUUUAUCGUUAUGGACAGCGGGCUGGCUGCGGCUGGAAGGCAAACCACUGUGGACCAAACUACUGUUGCUGUAGAGUUUGGUGAAAAGCAAAGUAAACCGAGAACAGGCGAACUGAAAUAAUAAAGACAUCGUAAAGAAAAGAAAAAGUGAAUGCAGAAUGCCCACAGAACAAAGCUGAAACAACUCAGUUUUAAACUUCAAGUCAUAGUUUAUAAUGAUGAUAAUUAUAAUAAUAGUGACGAUGAUGAUGCACUUAGACUGACAACCAAAAACUAACAUUCUCAGUGAAAAUGCAAUAGAAAUAUGAAAUACAAAUUGGAUUCAACCAAAAUUAUAUUUCUGUGAUAAAAUACUUGGACUUCAGUGUAAAGCGAUAUGUAAAAAUGGAAUAACUCAAGAUUUAAAAUGUAUUUUUUUGCUUGAGUAAAACAAAAUAUUAAUGCUAUAAUUUGUAAAAUCAUAUUAAUUCGUCUCCUUUAAUACUAAACAAAGACAAUAAAUCGCACACAUGGACGGAAA